GGGCCAGCGCCAUCAGUUGCUCGUCACAUGUUCGACACUCAAGUAGACCAAACAGGGAGCAGUACAGUGCCCAUCGAGAUCCGAUCGAACGCAGAGCAGCCGUUAGACAGACUAUUGACUGUAGGAACUCACCAGCAGUGCAGUUAAAUUUGCAGAAACUAUUAAUUCUGGUCAAGGGAACAUCGCUCUUUUCAGCCAGGUGCAAGUGCAAAUUUAUUCAGCCCUUUUUGCUGUCACAUCGAAAAACCACAUUCUCAAAGCUUUUGGGCAAGCUUCCGCAAAACGAAACGAUCGAAACGCGUGGUCCGAAAACAACAAGGCAAAUAAGGCAAGAGACGAGCGAAAAAAGUGAAAUUAAAAUACAUAAAUCGAAAUCAACAUCAAAUUCGUAAAGUUGGGAGUUCAGUAAGCGAACGCGAGUGUUUGUGUAAGUGUGAGUGUCUCUCAAUAUGUGCAGUGCAACGGUAUUGUAAGACGAAAAGUAACGGUAGUCGAGCAAUUGUGGUGUUAGCUGUCAGAAACUGAGCGCAGAGAAAACCGAAAGUUUUGGCUUGUUACCUUGCCGUAGUAAUCCAAAAUCAAAACCGAGUACCGGAUUCACCAAUCGCCAUCCUGGCCCGCCCUUUGACUUCAGUUUGAGGCGCUCUGCCAGCGGUUCGCCGGAACGGUAAACUUCACCCACACCCUGCUGCCCGUCGUCGAUAGCAUACCGAUUCCGAUAGCCCACCGCCGAUAGCGAUACCGAUAGCCGAUUACUUUGGAACUUCAGGAGAACCCAGCGGCAUCCACUUAACAAAACCCAAAGCCGUUCUCCAUUAUUUUGGAUAAUACGCGACUAUCCACGAGCUGUCCGAAUUGUUCAGGGGUAGCAAAACGAAGAACAGCAAUUUUGCCGAAAAGACGCAGUUAAAAAAGUGUUAGCAAGUGAGAAACAACAUUCGUGAAUUUCGUGAUUAAAAACAUUUCAAAAGGUGUACAACAAAAGCUCAUUUAAUAUAAAAAUAAAAAGAACACAAGCGAAAUAUACAAAAUAUAAUAUCGCAACACGCCAACAACAAAACGUGGCAUCAACUAAAAACACAAAAAAGCUCAACGAAAACGAGAGCGAAUGCGCGCGCGCGAGUGAGAUAGCCGAUAAGCAAAGAAAUUGAGAGAGAGCGCCAAGAGCGACAACAACAAAACACAAGCGCAAGCACGAGCCAAAAGCCAAUUGCGCACGGAACGUAGAACGAAGAGAACUAACGGAACUAUAGAAUCGCAGCACGGACAACAGUUAACAGGGGAAAUCCGAAAAUGGUAAACAAGGUAAACGGCAAGAAGGCGGACAAGGACAAGGAGAGGCAGCAAGAGGCAAUGUUGCCGGCGGCGGGCAAGAACAGCAGCGACAUUGAAAACAGCAGCGACCUUAGCAAAACCAACAAAGCGGUAAACAAACCAGCAGCAAACAAGGGUCAAAACGCAAAACCCAACAGCAAUAACAACAGCGCUAACAACAAAAAGAAUGCAGGCAAAGGACAUCAGCAGCAGCCGCAGCAACACCAGCGCAGCGGCAAAAAAGCAAAGCCACAACGCCAACAGAUAUUCCUGCAGUCGCUGCCACGCGACAGCAGCAACUACAGAAGCAACAGCUACAGGAGCAGCAUCGACAUAAACAGCAGUAGUAGCAACAACAGCAGCAACAUCUCGGACAAACCGGCAGCAUUGGACAAUGAAGUGGGUAAAAUGAAUCCCGCUGAGCUGUUGACAGCCGCCUUGGCCGUGCCCUGUGCCAAAUGUUCCAAGCCAUCGAUGAUCUCCGGCCUGACCACCGCCGUAUCCGCAUCUACGGUCUCCACGUCCACGUCCACCUCUUCCACUUCCGCCUCCUCCUUCUCGUCGUCUUCAACCAGUUCCGGAUCGGAGACCGCCAGCAAUCACAGCGAUCUUCACUACCCAGAGCCGAUUGUCUACUCCGCCAAGCAGUAUCGCAAGUCAAAGUCCUACAUGGGCGUAUCCCAGUACAACAGUUCACAAAACGGUCAUCAAGCGGGUCGGGGGCCCAAUACCGCUAGCGGUGGUAAUGGCAACCACGUGGCCUACAGACGCUCUCACAGCGACCGGCGCAACUCGUUUGAUCGCACCUUCGCAGAAAGGAAUCGCGACUUUGUGCCCAUCGUCCCUCCGCCGCGUCCGGUUCUGUCCUCCUCCAACAUCGCCGGAGUCAUGGCCAGUACCACCAAGCUUACGAUCAUAGAGCGGUUCGGCAAAGGACGUGUCGCGUAUCCCAUAAUGCAGUGCGGGACACUAGACGGAGCCGAACCGUUGUAUCAUCAACAGCGCAGCAACAGAAUGGACGUCUAUCAGAUCGACGAUGGAUUCCACUCGGACGGCGGCACCGAGACUCCGCCGCCGUCUCCCAGUUCUGGGUCAUCGAUUGCCUCGACCUCGGACCACGGAUCGCUGGAGAGCGUGGAUACCGGGGGGACGCAGCGGCUGGCCGUUCUAUCGUUCGAGCAGGUGAGCAAGCUGCACGACGUCAUGGACGAGAAGGUGGCCAUCCACGGACGGGGAAACUUCCCUACGCUGGAGGUAACGCUAAAGGAUCUGGUCAACCUGGUGCGCCGCAAGCUGGAGGCGGAGGUGAACGCCGGCGGCGCCGGAGUGUUAGUUAAGGACAUCCGUCUCAACGGCGGGGCAGCUAGUCAUGUUUUAGCCAGCGAGGAUCAGCCGUACAAUGACCUGGACCUGAUAUUCGCCAUCGAGCUUAGUUCGCCACGCGUCUUUGACCGCGUCAAGGUGGCGGUGCUCAACACCCUGCUGGACUUGAUGCCCGAGGGCGUCUGCAAGCGCCGCAUCUACACGUGCUCUCUGAAGGAGGCCUACGUGGGCAAGAUGGUGAAGGUGAACAACAACAAUGACGGCGACCGCUGGUCGCUCAUUUCGCUGGGCAACUCGCCGGGCCACAAGAACGUCGAGCUAAAGUUCGUGGACACGAUGAGACGCCAGUUCGAGUUCUCGGUGGACUCGUUCCAGAUUGUGCUGGAUUCUCUGCUGCUCUUCUACGACUGCGCCGCUCUGCCCAUCUCGGAGAACUUCUAUCCAACGGUGGUCGGCGAGUCGGUUUACGGGGACUUCCAGGAGGCACUCUACCACUUGCAAAAGAAACUGAUCUCAACGCGUCAGCCGGAGGAGAUACGAGGCGGCGGCCUGCUCAAGUACUGCAAUCUAUUGGUGCGCAACUACAAGGCUGUCGACUCGCAGCUCAUCAAGACCCUGGAGCGAUACAUGUGCUCGCGAUUCUUCAUCGAUUUCCCGGACAUCAAUACGCAGACUACCAAGCUGGAGGCCUACUUGCGUAACCAUUUCUGGGGCGUCGAUGAGGAACCGCUGCAGUAUCAGUACCUGAUGCAUUUACGGGAGGUGGUCGAGAUGUCGACGGUCUGUCUGAUGGGCCACGAGCGGCGUCAGUCGCUUCAUCUAAUCCAGUCGUUGGCCGCUCAGGUGCUUUUCAACAAGCAGGAGAAACAGCAGCAGCAGCAGGCUCAAGAGAAGUACCAGCAGCAACAGCAGCAGCAUCAGCAAAAUCAGCAACAGCAACAACGUCAGCAUCAGUUCCUGGACCCAGCGCAGCAGCAGCAGCAGACACAGACGCAACAGCAGCAGCCGCAGCAGGCAGCUACCCUGACCCUUGUUCCGCAAGCGUCGCCCACGGGUCAGGCGCAGACCAUUUAUGUGCAACAGGCCGCUCCAGCCGCCGUGUGCUGUACGAGCAGCGCAGAUCAGACGCCGGCAGCGGCCCCACAGACCAUACAGAUACAGGCCGGUCCGCCGGGACUCAUCUAUGCCAACGGCGUCUACUAUGCACCUGUGAUCCCCAGCACCAUCUGCACGUGCAACUCCACCUGGCUGAGCACGUGAUUAGGACAGCAGGAGCAGGAGCAGGAGCAGCAGCAACAGCACGAGCAGCAACAGUUCCAACAGCAACAGUGGUCAGAGAAUGCAUUGGGAGCGACGCUUUUGGCUGAAA